UCUUUGUCAAUUGUCACUGGCUUUGCAAAUUGCAAACAAUUUGCCCCCAAAACAAAUUUUCUCGGGGAAAGGAAAGAGAAAAAAAGAAAAAGAGAGAGGGAAAUGGAGAAAGUGGUAUCGGAGGCGGAAGAGCUGCCGAAGGCGAUCGUGCGACGGGUGGUGAAGGAGAAGCUCUCUGAGUGUUCACCAGAUUACGACUUUAACGUUCACAAAGACGCCCACCUCGCUUUCACCGAAAGCGCUCGCAUCUUCAUCCAUUACCUUUCCGCUACGGCAAAUGACAUAUGCAAGGAAUCGAAGAGGCAAACAAUGAAUGCGGAGGAUGUGUUUAAAGCACUUGAAGAAAUUGAAUUCUCGGAAUUUGUUAAACCUCUGAGGGCUUCGCUUGCUGAGUUCAGGAAGAAGAAUGCUGGGAAAAAGGGUGGAGCAGCCAAGGAAAAUGAGGUCAAAAAGAAGAGGAAAAUAGAGUAUUCAUCUGCCAAAAAUGGAACAAAAACCAAGCAAAAGAAAGAGGAUAAUCAUAAAGAAGAAGAACAAGUCGAAGGAGAACAAGAGCAAGACGAAGAAGAAGAUAAUGAAGAAGAGGAAAAUCAUGGAAGUGAGUGAUUAAUCAAGAAUAAUAUUGUUGGUAAAAUGGGAAUUGUAAUCCCCAUUUAGUGUUUCCAUAUAUUUUUCAUUUCCCUUUGAGAUUGCUGUAAAUCCAUGUUUGGAUCGCAACCUUUCUCUUUUUGAGUUACCUUAGCUAACUUCAAUGGAUUUCAUGGUUCGUUUGGUA